CUUAAAUACAACACUAUAUAAUUGGAAAUGUUUAUUACAUGAAUCGUUUGUAUACGUGGAAAUGUAUUAGAAGUUAGUGAGUUAUCUGAAAGAAUUGGUAUAUUUGCAGAUUGAAAAAAGGUGGAUAAUGGAGGUUGCUGGACGAAAAUUAGACAAUGCCUCAACAGAGUUUGUUUUACAUUGUCAGCCGUGCCUGAAAGACGGGAGGGAGAUCAGCGCCAAUGGUUACUGCAAAAUUUGCAAGGAGUUUAUGUGUGAUCCUUGUAUAUCUGCCCACAAAAGGUUCGCCAUUUCAAGAAAUCAUGUAUUCCUAACGAAAGAUAAAAUGCCUUCUUUUUAUAUGAACAAAGACAAAGCUGAUUUUCUGCCUACCGAACCGUGUCAUGAACACAGUAGUGAAAUGAUAAAAUUUUAUUGUCCAACCCAUGAUGACCUUGGAUGCCCAGACUGCGUUGUGUUACACCACCGAAAUUGUAAGGUUGAAUAUUUGUCAGAUACAGCAAAACAAUACAAAGAGUCCGAGGAGUAUAAAACACUAAACAAAAACAUUGCACACAUGGAAACUGUACUUUCCGCUUUGAACAAUGAAGUAAACGAUUCCGAGGCGUUCAUAUCAGAAAACACAAAAGAGGAAAUACAGAAUCUGAGGAAAUUUAGGGCACAUAUGAAUCUUGUUCUGGAUACAAAGGAAAAUGUGUUGCUGAAAAGUAUGAAAGAAAACGAGAUCAAACAAAAAGAGAUACUUUCAAAAUUGAGAGUUGGGAUAGCAGGCUUAAAACAGACUCUAGCAGAAACGACAACAGACAUGCAAACGACAGAAAAACAGUUACACCAGCACUUCAUUCAUGCGAGAAUUGCCAAGAAGCAACUCGUGAAGCUGCAAGGAGAAAUCAAUAAAAUCAACGCAGAGAUCAUUUUGGACACGUCUGUUCGUUGCACAUUUUUGACAGACAAACACACUGAAGCUCUGGUCAACUCUUCAGACAUCUUAGGACGUGUCGACUUUUCCAAUGAAGGAAUAACAUCAGAGACAGACAUAUAUCUAUCUAAUGUGCAAUGGAUAAAAGAUUACGAGCUGGACAUUUCAUGCACAGAAGACAAACAUGGACCCGAAAUAACAAGUUCCGCUCUUGUGGAACCAGGAAAAUGUCUUAUGGCCGACAAUAAUAAUAAAUGUGUUAAGCUUGUAGAUAUUAAUGUCAACAAGGUCUUGUCACGCAUUGAACUGAUUGGACGCCCUUGGCAGAUGUGUGCUCUCCCUAGCGGCCACGCAGCUGUUGCUCUUCCAAAUGCUUGCAGAGUACAAUUGGUCGGGAAGGAACGAAUACUAGUGUUUGCUCGCAGUCCUCGUCAUAUAGUUUUGAUAAACGGAAAGGAGAAGAACCUGAAAGCUAGAUUAUCGUUUAAAGAUUUUGGGUCCCAGAAUGCUCCGUUUAAUUUAUCAUUCUGUCCAAUGAGCAGAAAACUUCUGGUUGGAUUGGAGGUCUUCAGUGAAGCCCAGUAUUACAGGAUAAUUAAUCCUUAG